AUGGUCCACCAGGACAGCCAGAUUUUUGAAGAUGAAGCGCCUCUGAUAAAAUUUCUUCCCCAAUUAAACAACUUUCGUGUUGCCGGCAGACUGACGGAUCUGACUAUAAAGACGAAUUUUGAAUCCACGAUUGUGAGUGACUUCUUCACACAGUUGCCGCCAGACUCUGUCCUCUCCCUGCUGCAGGCAGAUGACCUUGAAGUUAAAAGGGAGGAAAGCGUUUUUGAGGCGGUUGGGCGAUGGAUGAGUCCACCCGGCAUAACUAAUGACACACGGCUAGUGCAUGCCGAAACUAUGCUGAAAGAAGUUAGGUGGAACCAAAUUGACGCUGACUUCAGAUACAAACUAUUUGAUCAUGUAGGAUUUUGGAACAGGAACGUGGAAUGUUCUCGACUUCUAGGUCGAAUAAGCAAGUGGAUCGAAAAUUCAUCUUCGAAGGAUGAUGGAAAGUGUCCGUUUAACGAGAGGAAAAGAGGGCGAUUGGGCAACAUCUGUGUCCUCAGUGGUAGUUGUUCUUCGGCUCCACCAGUACUCUACCAGUACGAUGUUGACGCGAAAACAUCGGAAAAACUAACCGAAGUCACCGGUGGAUUGGACGCGGCCUUUGUGGUCAUUGAAGAGAGUGAAUGCUUUGGCUCCUGGCUCUCGCUAUAUGUCACUCCUUUCUUUCGCGUGCGCAGUCUACCAAUCCAGUCUGAGCCACUCUGCGUAGCUCGUGUCUCUAGGUGGUAA